AUGGAGCAGGAGGAGGAGGAGAAAGACGGUGUCUUCCUCGUCUUCCUUCUCUUCCUCCUCAACGUCUCUCAUCGUCUUCGUCUUCAUCUUCUGUGUCGCUCUUUCUCUCUGGCCGGUGGCAUCUACAUCAUCGCCAUCACCAUCGUCAUCGCCAUCGACAGACAGCCGGAGAGAGCAGAGAACAAGAGAACAAGAGAACGAGAACAAGAGAGACGAAGACCAGCCGCAAUGCUAUCGCCGCAGUCGUUCGAGCGAGCAAACGCCAUGUCGAUGCUGGCAGACAGCUCGUCCGGCGGCGGCCCUCACCCGUCCAUCCCCCAUCUCGCCCUGCUCGUCUUCGAAGCCGUCCUCGAGGUCGUCUGCGUCUCGCUGCCCGGUUACAUCAUCGCUCGCAUGGGCAUGUUCGACGCCGAGUCCCAGAAGUUUGUCGCCAACCUGAACGUCAUGCUGUUUACGCCCUGCCUGAUCUUCACCAAGCUCGCCUCCCAGUUGACCGCCGGCAAGCUCGCUGAUCUAGCCGUCAUCCCGGUGCUCUUCACCCUCCAGACGCUGGUCUCCUAUACUUCGGCGAUGAUAGUGUCCAGAUGUUUUGGUUUCAGGAAGAGACAGGCCAACUUCGUCAAGGCCAUGGGAGUCUUUGGCAAUUCGAACUCCCUUCCGAUAUCUCUGGUCAUCUCCCUAUCGAAGACGCUGUCCGGCCUGCACUGGGACAAGAUCCCAAACGACAACGACAACGAAGUCGCCGCCAGAGGAAUCCUCUACCUGCUCAUCUUCCAGCAGCUGGGCCAGGCCGUCCGCUGGAGCUGGGGAUACCACGUCCUCCUCGCUCCUCGGGAAGCCUACCUGCGUGACGAGGAGGAAGCGCCCAUCAAUGCGGCAGACAGAUACCGGGAUGACCCCGAAGACGGCGGCGACGAUAGUAGUAGCGUAGGCAGAUAUCUCGAUGAACCAGAGGACCUGGCUCGCACCGCAGUCAACAGCGGACAGACCACUCCUCGAUCGACACGUUCGGAAGACGACUCCUCGCCCUUUGAAUCCGGCUCGCAGACGCCCCUGGCUCAGAUCUGCCAGAUCAACAACGUCUAUAUGGGCGCCAUGUCGAGGAUCCUCUUCCAUUCCUAUGUCAUAUGGAUCCUCCCGUCGACGCUUAUACUCGUGAUAUCAGCUCUGCAGGUCGUCCAAUGGGCCGCCAACUAG